CGCGCCAGGCCCGGCGCGCCCCUGCGCGGCCGCCAUGCCGCCCGCGGCCGCCCCCAUGAUCAGCUCUGUGCAGAAGCUGGUGCUGUACGAGACCCGGGCUCGAUAUUUUCUUGUUGGAAGUAAUCCUGCAGAAACCAAGUAUCGUGUUUUGAAAAUAGAUCGCACCGAACCAAAGGAUUUGGUUAUAAUUGAUGAUAAACAUGUGUAUACACAACAAGAGGUGAGGGAACUUCUUGGCCGCUUAGAUCUGGGGAACAGAACAAAGAUCGGGCAGAAGGGUUCUUCUGGGUUAUCUCGAGCUGUCUCUGCUUUUGGUGUAGUAGGUUUUGUCAGGUUUUUAGAAGGCUACUAUAUUGUGUUAAUAACAAAAAGGAGAAAGAUGGCAGAUAUUGGAGGUCAUGCAAUAUAUAAAAUAGAAGAUACAAAUAUGAUCUACAUUCCAAAUGACUCUGUAAGAGUCACUCAUCCUGAUGAAGCCAGGUAUCUGAGAAUCUUUCAAAAUGUGGACCUUUCUAGCAACUUCUAUUUUAGUUACAGCUAUGAUCUGUCCCACUCCCUUCAGUAUAAUCUUACUGUUCUGAGAAUGCCCCUUGAGAUACUAAAAAGUGAAACAACUCAGGCUCGGCAAGAGAGUUUUGAUAUAUUUGAAGAUGAGGGACUUCCAACACAGGGUGGAAGCGGUAUAUUUGGAAUUUGCAGUAAGCCUUAUGAAAAGUAUGUGUGGAAUGCCAAGCUUCUGGAGGUAGUAAGAAAUACAGUUCACCGCGAUUGGCUGCUGUAUAUUAUUCAUGGCUUCUGUGGGCAAUCAAAACUGUUGAUUUAUGGUCGCCCAAUAUAUGUCACUUUGAUAGCCAGAAGAUCAAGCAAAUUUGCUGGAACACGUUUUCUGAAACGAGGGGCAAACUGUGAGGGGGAUGUUGCUAAUGAAGUAGAAACUGAACAAAUACUGUGUGAUGCUUCAGUUAUGUCAUUUUCUGCGGGGAGCUAUUCUUCCUAUGUUCAAGUUCGAGGAUCUGUCCCCUUGUACUGGUCUCAAGAUAUUUCAACUAUGAUGCCUAAGCCACCCAUAACACUGGACCAGGCAGAUCCUUUUGCACAUGUUGCUGCUCUUCACUUUGACCAAAUGCUUCAGCGAUUUGGUUCUCCCAUUAUUAUUUUGAAUCUUGUGAAGGAACGUGAAAAAAGAAAGCAUGAAAGGAUUCUUAGUGAAGAACUUGUUGCUGCUGUGACAUACCUCAACCAGUUUUUACCCCCGGAGCAUGCAAUUAUAUAUAUUCCUUGGGAUAUGGCCAAAUAUACAAAAAGCAAACUUUGUAAUGUACUUGACAGACUGAAUGUGAUUGCAGAAAGUGUAGUAAAGAAAACAGGAUUUUUUGUAAAUCGACCUGAUUCUUACUGCAGUAUCUUGCGGCCAGAUGAAAAGUGGAAUGAAUUGGGAGGUUAUGUUGUUUCCACUGGUCGCUUGCAGACUGGUGUUCUCCGAACCAAUUGUGUGGACUGUUUAGAUCGCACUAACACAGCCCAAUUUAUGGUGGGAAAAUGUGCUUUGGCAUACCAGCUCUAUUCACUGGGGUUGAUUGAUAAACCCAAUUUGCAAUUUGAUACAGAUGCUGUUAGAUUAUUUGAAGAAUUAUAUGAAGAUCAUGGAGACACACUUUCUCUGCAAUACGGAGGGUCUCAACUUGUCCACAGAGUCAAAACCUAUAGAAAGAUUGCUCCAUGGACCCAGCAUUCCAAAGAUAUUAUGCAAACACUCUCAAGAUACUAUAGUAAUGCUUUCUCAGAUGCAGACAGGCAAGAUUCCAUUAAUCUGUUCCUGGGAGUAUUCAAGCCUACAGAAGGAAAACCGCACCUCUGGGAACUUCCUACCGAUUUUUAUUUGCACCACAAGAACACUCUCAGGCUGUCACAGACCAGGCGAAGCUACACUUACUGGUGGACCACAGAUGUGCUGAAGCAUUUACCACUUCCUUUUGAUGAAGUGACAUGUGCUGAAAACAGACGCAAGUUGAUAGUGAAGAAGUUCCACAAGUGCGAAGAGGAAAUAGAUAUACACAAUGAAUUUUUUCGGCCAUAUGAGUUGAGCAGUUUCGAUGAGACCUUCUGUUUGGCGAUGACUAAUUCUACACGAGAUUUUAUGCCCAAGAAUGUGGGCAUUGAUCCAAGUCCAUUUACUGUUCGUAAACCUGAUGAAACUGGAAAAUCAGUGUUGGGGAACAAAAGUAAUAGAGAAGAAACUGUGCUGCAGCGCAAAACAGCUGCUAGUGCUCCUCCACCCCCAAGUGAGGAAGCUGUGUCAAGUAGUUCUGAAGAUGAUUCUGGAACAGACAAAGAGGAGGAAGGUGCUGUUUCUCAACGUUCAACUCCAGUAAAGGUGACUGAUACAGGAGAAAAUACAAAAAUCACAGAGAAUGUAGUCCAAUCCACAAAAGACGUGUAUGGAGUUAAUCUUUCAGAUGUUCCUUCAGAAGAGGAUCUCACAAUAUAUACAAGGUUUGUCCAGCUGGGACAGAGUCAACAUAAACAAGACAAGAGCAGCCAACAAUUUUGCUCAAAACACCAAUUGGAUAGGGUAAUAAAUCUAGUACCCAUCUCAUCCUUUUCCCAAGACAACAUUUAUGAAGUCCAGCCUCCAAGAGUUGAUAGGAAAUCGGUUGAGAUAUUUCAUGCUCACAUUCAGGCUGGAAGAGGCAACAUGCAACCACUGGGAAAAGAUGACUUCCUUAUGUACAGAGAGUACAUUAGAAACAGAUACAUGUAAAUUCCAGCUGGAUUGUUCUGCCAAGUGUAAUGUACUGGUAGGUUAUAAAAAUAACUUUAGAAAGGAAAUCUAAUUUUGUUAUUUUGAGAUAAUAAAUCUAUUUUCUACCAUUUCUUAUUUAUUAUACUUUAAACAUAUAUUUACAUUAUUAUGCUUUACAGGAAAAAGUGUGUCUUAAGAGACUAAGUGAAUAAUCAGAGCAGCUACCAUCACUGGAAAAUAUGCAGCAACUUAAGGCAAAAGAAAUAGAGUGGUUAGGUUUUAAUUUCUUAUAUUGUUUUGUUUGCUAGUUAAGUUGAAAUGAUGUACAUAUAAGAAUCAGAAGAGAAAACUUUUCUUCUUCUUUAUUCCAUAGCACCAAACAGUCUUUUUUACAACAGAAUAUUUUUGGAUAUUUCUUGAGAAUAUUUAGCAAAAUGAGGCCAUGUAAUUUUUUAAGCAAAAGUGAAAAAUGUGUAGCUGAUAUCAAGAUCAAAAUUUACAUCUAGAUUAACAAACUUAAUAACUCUAUUUUGCGUCAAAACUCAUCUCACUGGUGGUAGUAACACAGCAUCUGUGCUACACAGGGUGACAGUCGCUUAUGAUUAACUACCGUGGGCUUCUUUGGAGGGCUCUGAUGUGAACCACUUCCCAGCUGUGCCUACGGUGAGGGAACGCGCUCUGCUUUACUGGGCUUGGAGUCUUAGGUGGCGGGUGCCAGAGCAUCUUGUCCUUUUGCUGUGUGAUAAGCACUGCUCUUUUUGCAGCUGACUCUUUCCAUCCCUGUAUUUAUGGUCCUAUGAGGUGCUUUAGGUUCAAGCCUACAACCUCCCAAGAAAUGAGUAUCAGUAAGGCAGGUACCGAGACUGAAUCAGCUGGAGUGGCAGUGCAAGAGGAAGCAGUACUUGGGAAUAGGUAAGACUGAACAUGAUGUCCAGUGCUGGGUGAGAAGUGGAGAGGCCACAGAAACCUGAAGUCAGCAGUUUAAUCUGGGUUUGUGAUUAAAAUAUUUCUCAAAUUAAAAAAAAGAAAAACCCUAUUAGUUGCAGUUAGAAGCUGCACCUUUUAACUGGAUUUUAGCCCUUUGCAUUGAAGAAUGGUGACAGUAUCAUCAGCAUUCUUGACAAUUUAUGUUAUUCUGCAAGCUUGAACAGACUAUUUCAAGAUUUUCUGGAAUAACUCUGAAUAACUGCUUUAGGGAUCUUUCAGUCAACUGUGUGUAAUGGGUAGGGAGAGCAUGUCCCGGUUCAUAGAAAAUCAACUUGCAGGCAGCAGCUCCAUGUACUUGGCUGCGUGGUGCAAACAUAAUCUGAACUUAUGUAGUAAAAGUGGCACUUCUGUUAAUCAGUAAUUCAAUAAAAGAAAAUAUGCAGCAGAUAAAAGAGAGAAGACAUAAGGUGCUUAUGCAACAUGUGUGUUACAGGAAAUAAGCGAUUGUAUGUAGUCAGUGAAAGAACAUUGUACUUCAAGCUACUAAAAAUGUUGGUGCCCAUUCUCUUUUAUUAAUUGAUUAAUACUGUUUUGAGAGAAAUGAAUGUAAUUUAGAAGACCCAAGAAUGAAAUGUUAUUUUACAUAAUACUUAAUUGCAACUAUGACAUUUUUUUCCUCUGGAAAAUACCUGGGCUGAACUCUUCUGACCAAUGUAAAAAAUAUUUUGAAUAAAUAAAU